AGAGAUUCACUAACCAUGACUAAGAUGGUGCAAAGUAAAUAUUUAUCUUUAUCCAAAUCCAAAACAUCUUCCAUCACUAUGUCGAUGAUGAUGUUAGGGGAACCACCCCAUCGUACUAAUCCAACCCUACACGUGGCACCGUCACCAUGGCCAUCGAUGAUGAAUCCAACGGCGGAGAUAAAUUAUUCUCAGUUCUACUUAGAAGAAGCGCUGAACGCUCUUCAACACUAUGUUCCGUCAUCAUCCAUGGAAGAUGAAGACGAUUCCGACUCGGAAUUUUUUCCGAGUCAUGAAUCGGCGGAUGCGUAUACAAAUGACCAUUUCCGUAUGUUUGAGUUCAAGAUUCGGAGAUGCGCACGUGGUAGGUCACAUGAUUGGACAGAGUGUCCUUUCGCUCAUCCCGGCGAGAAGGCCCGCCGUCGUGACCCGAGGAAGUUUCAAUACUCCGGGACUUCGUGUCCGGAGUUCCGUAAAGGAAGUUGCAAGAAAGGUGAUUCGUGUGAGUUCGCGCAUGGUGUUUUUGAGUGCUGGCUUCAUCCGUCUCGUUACCGGACUCAGCCAUGCAAAGACGGAACCAGUUGCCGGCGACGUGUUUGCUUCUUUGCUCACACGACUGAACAACUCAGGGCUCCGACGACUCUACAGAGUCCGUUGAGUGUCGAGUCUUAUGACGGUUCUCCUCUCCGGCUUGCCAUUGAAUCCUCCUGUGUUAAAAAGCUUCGGUUUUUGUCUUCUCCCGAUUCUGUUUCUCCGUCGGUGGAGUCUCCUCCGGGUUCUGUGAAUGAGAUGGUGGCUUCUCUGCGUAAUUUGCAUCUUGGGAAGAUGAAAUCUUUACCUUCUUCAUGGAAUGUUCAAAUGGGUUCUCCUCGGUUCGGAUCCCCGAGAGGACCCAUGAUCCGACCCGGUUUCUGUAGCUUACCAACGACGCCCACACAGCCGCCGAAUCGCGGCGGGGUUAACCAUUUUGAUCUCUGGGAUCAGAGCUGUGAAGAGGAGCCUGUGAUGGAGAGGGUGGAGUCUGGAAGGGAUAUAAGGGUGAAGAUGUUUGAGAAACUGAGCAAAGAGAACUCUUUUGAUGGAUCCGGGUCUGGUAAUGUUGGCGGGGCUCCGGAUAUUGGGUGGGUUUCGGAGCUUGUGUGACUGAUGUUGAUUUCAUUUUGGAGUCGUCUGUGGUUUCACUUUUGGACAGGAUUUAAUGUUGGAAAAUUGUAUUCUUGUAAAUAUGUCUUUUUCUCAAGGUUAUGGGGUGAAGGAAAAUUAAGUGAAGAAUAUUUAAGCUAUUUUUUGGAGGGUUUCAGGAAAUCCAGACGACCUGUAAUUGAAUUUCAAGGUUUUCUUGUAUUUAUGUAAUUCAUUUAAAAAUUAUCCUAAGCUUAGUUUUUUUUGUAUAUAUUUGAAAUUUCUUAUGUUAUGUAGGAUCCAGACUCAAUGUGUUCAAUUAUGUAAAUUAUAUAUGCAAAUCUAUAUAAUAUAUGCUUUGAUUAGAAAA